CCGUAAAAGCCGGUGGAGUGUUAUAUUAUUUUAGAAUUUCAAACGACUAAAAGUCAGACAUUGUUUAGCAGGAUGAAGAAGUAAGGUAAUUUACUUAAGUAAAAUAAUGCAAUAUGAAAAGUAUCUAUUGCAAGAACAAAGUCCACUGUGACUGUAACUAUUAUACAUUAUAUUAUUGGAUUAUUAUUACUGAAGCAAUAACAUGUGGUAGAGGAGGUGGACCUAAUUUAAUAUUAUAUAUAUAUAUGGCAUGAAAAUGGAAAAUGAUCAGGUAAAUUACAAAUAUCUCACAUUUGUAAUCAUCUACAAUACUUGAGUAUGUACUUAGUAACAUUCUACCCCUUGUGGUCUGUGAUGAAGUGGAUUUUCAAACUGUAGGCUAUAAAACAGGCUGUGUCAACAAUAGGAAAAUACUUAUGGAAAUGAAUGGGUGGGUGGUAAAGUGUCCAUGAAUAGGCGCAAAGAAUAGAAACACUGAUAUGAUCAAAUUUACGACCAGUCUGUAUACAUUACAGACUGAUUAAACAAGGUAUGAGGAUUCUGUUCAUGUGGGCACAUGUAAGUCUGAAGGGGAACGAGGAACAUGAAUGUGGUGAACCUGUUAGCAAAACAAGCUCUACAGAGAGAUCUAUAGAUUUACAAAUCCCAUUACGCAAGUCUGGGUCAAGGGAAUAGUUUGGAGUAAAGCAGUAGUCCUACUGAAACAAGAGGUAGGUCUCUGUACAAUUUCAAUAAUUAAGUCAAUGCAACAUUUAGAUUGAUAGGGAGGUCACUGAUCAGGCUAAUACUAGGUCAUUUCAAUUUAAAUGGCAAUAUGAAGGCAUCCCACUGGUUCAUUGUUGGGUUGGGAAGUGUGUUGCAAAACAGUCUGAACCCCUAUGCAAGAAGAUUAUAUUUUUUUUAUUAAAGAAACAAGAUCAAGGGGCAGGACAUAAUCUCUUGUCCACGCUCCGAAGCAGACGGUGGCGGGAAUGCACCUAAUACGCUGGUUGCCGUCUUUAAAAAAAAGAUGAAGAAGAAGCUUUGCCACCGCCAAUCGUCGCAACGGAGGCGGGAUUAAGCGCCUCUGCCUGGGAAGCAACGCUCAGGGCACUCUGUUCCAUCGCUUCCACGACUUUAGCAAACAUGGGGGCAUCAAGCUAACGAAGCUAACUGUCAAUCAAAGAGACACUUUCGUUGUGUGUGAAGAUUUGAAUGUUGAGGGAAGACAUGUUGUGACUGAAAGUUGUCCUCCAGGUGCAGCAGCAAUGUUGCCCUCAACCAGCGCGGUGGUCAGGUCCGCUGUCAAGCUGCUGCCACCGCGAAGCAGGAGUCCAGGAUGUGUCUGGUCCGCGUACAGAAACAUAUCUGUGAAACUCGGAGGUUUGAAACCAAAAACGGUUCCCCCUCGGUACCUGGGCCAGCCCAGCCCGUUCACUCAUCCACACCUCAUCAAACAUGGUGAGGUGACCCCGGGCUUGAGCCAGACCGAAUACGAGCUCCGCAGACACAGGCUGGCCUCGCAUAUCGAGGUCCAGUCUGACCGGCUGGGACCCUCUGCCUCCUCCAGCACCCAUGUGGCCGUUGUGUUGUCUCAUCCGACCCGCUACAUGACCAAUGACAUCCCCUAUCCCUUCCACCAGAACCAGGAUUUCCUCUACCUCAGUGGCAUCCUGGAGCCUGACAGUGCCCUCGUUCUUUACGGGAAAGGACGACCAGACCAGGCCAUCCUGUUCGUCCCCCGCAGAGACCCGGGGAGAGAGCUGUGGGACGGGCCCCGGUCAGGGAAGGAAGGGGCGGCUGCUUUGACUGGCAUAGAGCGAGUUCAUAGCACAGAGGAGCUGGGUGUUGUGCUCAAGAGCCUUAAAGGCAAUGUGCUGUGGUACGACAGUUCUCACCCCGCCCACCCUCGGCUCCACCAGGCUCACGUGGGUCCCGUGUUAGAGGCAGGGCCGAUGCCGCACUCUCUCAGGCCCCUCAUACACUCUCUAAGGGCCGUCAAGAGCUCAGCAGAGGUAGCGCUGAUGCAAGAAGCAGGUCACAUCACGGCACAGGCUUUUAGGAGGACAAUGGCUCUGUCUCAAGGUGACGUGGAUGAAGCGGUGCUCUUUGCUAAGUUUGAUUAUGAGAAUCGUGUCCAUGGCGCCAACUUCCUGGCCUAUCCCCCUGUUGUUGCUGGAGGGAAUCGAGCCAAUACUCUGCACUACAUAAACAACAACCAGAUUAUCAAGGAUGGUGAAAUGGUGCUGCUUGAUGGUGGUUGUGAAUACUUUGGUUACGUCAGUGAUGUCACUCGAACAUGGCCAGUGAAUGGAAAAUUCAGCCCGGCACAGGCUGAGCUGUACGAGGCUGUCCUGGAGGUCCAGUGCUCCUGUUUGUCUCUGUGCUCCCCGGGCGUCAGUCUGGAUCACAUCUACAGCACCAUGCUGGCUCUGUUGGGACGGCAGCUCCGGCAGCUCGGCCUCGUCAAGGCCAGCACCAGUGACGCUGAUGUACUAAAGGCUGCACGACGGUACUGCCCCCACCACGUUGGGCAUUACUUGGGUAUGGACGUCCACGACACUCCUGAGAUGUCCCGCUCACAACCUCUACAGCCAGGAAUGGCUAUCACUAUAGAACCAGGGUUGUACAUCUGCGAGGACAAUGACCAGGUGCCAGAGCGUUUCCGCGGCCUGGGCGUCAGGAUUGAGGACGAUGUGGUGAUUCGAGACAAGGGAGGCCCUCUGAUUCUGUCCUGUGACGCACCAAAGACCAUCGGUGACGUAGAGAAGGCCUGUGCCCCGAGAUAGGGCGGGAAGAGACCGGCAAGUGAGCCCCGACAUCGGUGGCAGGCUGAGUCCUUUUCCAACCGUCUCUGUGGUGAUGACGUCAACAGGCUCAGGGCCCAGGUGCGUGAAAGGUGGGAGAAAACGGGAAGACUCUGGUUAUUGGUCUCAGUGAGGCCUUACAAAUUUAGAAAGAUCAUAGUUAUUGUUGAACUAAAUGUUCAGAGAAACCAGUUUCAUGUUUGUAGUUUCCACCAACAGUGAAUGACAGUGAAGAGCUCCACGAUUUAAAAUAAAAAAGGGUUUAGUGAAGUUACGGCGAAGCUUUGGAGCUCACGCACGUAUGCUACCCGGUAACUGACGUAUUCCUGCUCAACAAUGUUUGCUCCAGCACAUUCUCAUGGAGACUAAUCUCGAUCAUGUAUAACACAUACUUCUAGAGUUGUGAUGGUGCGGGAGAAAUCAAACGCUGGACCAUAAUCAGGUAUAUUUUCAGCUGAGGCGCCAGUGGUUAGAUCCCGCAACCAUGGAAGCAUUUUCAUUAUUAAAACCUCUUUGCUGCACACCAUGUUUUUCAGAUCGUGGCACACCAGAAUAUAAUUAUGUGUUUGUUGUCUCUAUCAAAAAACUGUUUUGAGGCCAAAGUACAAACACUUAAUUUAUUUCUUACACACAAAUCAAUCUUUCCUCACUCCAAUGUUGAACAUUCACUCAAUGAGCUGCAGGAAGGACCAGGGCAUGUCAAAUUAACACACAAGUGAUAAAUAAAGAUGAACCUGUCUUAAACCGCUGCUCCCAACAAACCUGGAAUGAUGGCAAUUAUUACACCAAUACAUGGAAAUGGCUUUAAAUGUGCUCACUGAAAAGAGUUUGUGCGUGUUGUGUUUUUAAGCGAGAGAAAAUGUGAUCUAUUACUUUAUUUUAAGAUAGCAUUUAUGUGUAUUAAAAUGAUCUCAUCCCUUCCUUUUCAA